GUAGAGAACAGCUCGGUACUGCGGGAUUGCGCCUCCACAUUAUUACUGAUUAUUAAUAAAAUUAAUGGUGUCGGUAUGAAGCGUGUGUGAGGAUUUUGUACCACAUCUCUUCACCUGUGAACUCACCACAGCUGUUACAUUAUGGAUCCUAUAACUAAAUGGACACCAACUCAGGUUAUGGACUGGAUGAAAGGGCUGGACGACAGUCUCCAGCAGUACAUCCCGAACUUUGAGAAAGAGAAGAUCGACGGUGAGCAGCUACUGAAGAUCUCGCACCAGGACCUGGAGGAGCUAACCGCCAUCCGCAUCGGUCACCAGGAGCUCAUCCUCGAAGCCGUGGAUCUCCUCUGUGCCCUGAACUACGGGGUGGAGAGCAACAAUCUGAAGGUGCUGGUGGGUCGGAUGAGAGCGGCAUCCGAUAACCUUCACAACUGUGCUUCAGAGAGAAGGAAAAGUCCGGUGUACGACGCCAACGGGUUUAAGAAACCUCCCAAUGAGUUCCUCACGGCCGUCGUGGAGCUUAUAGGAGCGGCAAAGAGCAUGCUGGCCUGGCUGGACCGGACCCCUCUGACGGGGAUCAGCGACUUCACCUCCACCAAGAACAAGAUCAUCCAGUUGUGUCUGGAGCUGACCACUACUGUCCAAAAGGACUGCAGCGUGUACGAAAUGGAGGAGAAGAUUCUGGAAGUGGCUCGAGUUUUGACUGAAGUGUGCGAGGCGACUCUGAGGACGACCUCUGACCCUACCAAGAGCCGCGCUACCUGUCUGGAGGAGGUCCACAUUGCGAACGUUAAGCCGGGAGAGGGACUGGGGAUGUACAUCAAAUCCACGUACGAUGGACUGCACGUGAUCACCGGGACCACAGAAGAUUCUGCAGCAGACCGGACUCAGCGGAUCCAUGCUGGAGACGAGGUGGUGCAGGUCAACCGUCAGACAGUGGUGGGCUGGCAGCUGAAGAACCUGGUGACCAAGAUGAAGGAGAAUCCACACAGUGUGAUGCUGAUGCUGAAGAAAAGACCUUUAGGUACGGGGAGCUUCACCCCUGCGCCGCUGAAGAACCUGCGCUGGAGACCCCCGGCCGUGCAGAGUUCCUCUCUCGUUCCUGUUGCCCAGCCAUCCCAGACUAACAUGGAAAUCUCUGCUAAAAAAGAGAAGCCGGCUAUUUUGGAUCUGUAUUUGCCCCCUCCUCCGGCCAUGCCCUACACCCCAAGAGACGGGGCUCACACUGCACACUCGGGUGUCAGGAUGAGGCAGAAGAUACACGAGUCCCCAAACUCGUCCGUGGACCGGGCGUCUCGGCGGCGCUCUAACUUGAUAGAUUACAUCAGCAAACCCAACAUUAGCAUCUCUCCUCCUCCAGAAAGUGCCGUGCCACAGGCCAGACUGCGCCAGCGCCCAUCCACCAGAGGAAGGCCGCGACCCGUUUCCAUGCCUGCAGACUCCUGCGUGGGCCUGUCUGACACCCCCUGGACUUUUGGAAGGAAAGGUGAGGGCCUGUUGCGCACGUUCAUGAGUAAUGAGCGGAUUCCUCCCAUCUCUGAAGAAGGUCCAUGUUUUUCUGUACCUUACCGGGCUCCCAGCGAGCGACAACUGCUCCGCGGGGUGGAUCACAUCCGGGGCAGCCAGUGUUUCAUUAACACCGAGCUGCAAAAUAACACCACCACGUCGUACCGCGACUCUACGCGACGCAAGAACCGAGGCACGCGGUCAUCAAGACGGACCACAGAGGUCUCGUCUCUCAGCGCCUGGUUUGCCAGACUUAAACUAGAAGAACACAGGAUCUCUGGACUCUUACAGAUGAACACUAACUUGCUCUCCGCCUCUCCUGUAGUAAACAACAUGGAGAAGUCUUUUCCUCUGCAGGACUUCAGCGCUGCGACGACUCGAUGCGAUGCCACGAUGAGCCGGAGGAGGAUCUCGGUGAAGGAGCUGGGAAAGGUGGACUGCCACGGCUGGCUCUACAAAAAGAAAGAGAGCCGCGCGUUCCUGGGUAAUAAAUGGAAGAAGUACUGGUUCGUGCUGAAGGAGAGCUCACUGUACUGGUACAAUGGUGUAUUGGCCGAGAAAGCUGAGGGCUACAUCAACCUGAGAGACUUCAGUCUGGAGCAGGCGCAGGAGUGCAGGAGGAAAUUUGCUAUAAAGGCCAGCCACCCACAAGUCGUGACGCUCUUCUUUGCAGCCGAGAACACACACGACAUGCACAAGUGGCUGAGCAAGCUAACCAUAGCUUCAAGCAAGAAGGAACCCGUAGAAGUCGUCAGUACAGAGUGUUUAGAGUGUUACAGUGAAGCGAGUGACGAUGAGGAUGAAGUGGAAGAAUCGGUGGAAACUGGAGCCCAGAGCACCGAGCAGCUAACAGCCAGUUCUAUAAAUGGUCGUCUGCCUCCACCACGCUCCUGCUCGUCCCCGUCCCGGGCGAUGCUUCCCCUCGAGUCCCCGGUGUGUAACACAGAGUGUGUGAGCUCAGACAGCGAGUCGUGGCUGGAGCUCAGCAUGGACUCGGACUGUCCCUCCGUCUCCGUCAGCGAGGAGCCAGACGUCGGCCGACUGCAGGACUACCGGGGCGAUGAUCGUCCUCCGUCCGACGAGCUGGAGAUGUUAUAUCUGCACCUGAAACAUGCCAGUCUGUCCCUGUGUGGUGCGCCCCAGCUCGUAACCAAACGGGACUACCGCUCGUCCUUCGUCAGGCGCUGUAAAGACGACGCCGUCAACGAGAAGCUGCACCUGGUUCGAGCUCUCAACAGCACAUUAAAGGCCAAAGAGACGGACCUGCUGAGCAUAGAGCAGAUUCUGAGUGAUUCAGAUCUGGAUGCCAGUAAGUACAGACAGUGGAGGAGUGCGAACGUUCUCCUGAUGGAGGAGAUCAGCCAGAAGAGCAGGACAGAGGAGAAAAACACGGAACCUGGACUAGAACAGACGCCGAGUCCGACUCCGCUCGCGUUAGAUGAGACCUGCCUGUGAGGUUCGGCUUUUUCAUGAGACCUGUAGUUAUAGCACCCCCUAAAACCCUAAUACUUUCUUCUGAGUCCCCCUCAAGGUCUCUGUUUAACUGGCUUCUCUAAAUUGUACUUAGCUGUGAACAAGCAAGUGUGUCCUAUGCAGCCUUGCACCCACUGUGACCCUGACCACUUUGUAAAAUGAAUAAUAAUUAUUGACCCAUUCUAACCAACUCACCCGCAGUGUGAGAUGUAUGUUGUAUGAGACGCUUUGGAAUGCAUCCACACUAUGUGGCCAGAAGUAUUUGGACACCUGACCGUGACCUUCUAAAAGUCUCUUCUUACAGGGCUUUGAAGUAUAUCUGUGGGAAUUUGUGCCCAUUUAGUCAGUAUCUUUCUAUUGAGGAUCUCCCAGGGAAUCAGAGGAGGGAUUGUUAGUGAAGGAAUGAUUUUAAAUCAGCAGCGUUACCUCCUAUUCACUGUUUAGAUUUUACAACUAUGAUAGACGAAAUACGUUUUAUCCAGUUUUAUUUUAAAUAUAACAGCCACACUGAUUAGUUUUGAGUGUCAAAAACUUUUAAUAUGUUGUUUUUAAGAUAUUAAAAUGAAAUAUAAGGUGAAUCUCAGGUUUAUGAGCCCUGGAGGUGCCUCGACCGCCUUAAAACUGUUUCCACAAAUGAUGAACCUGCGUCCUGUUUUAAAUAAAAAAGUGCUUUCUUCUGUUUGUUUUUGCUAAACGUUAAAACUGUAUUCAUUGUACAUUUUGCUUGGUCACCUCUUGAAUUAAUUUGAAGUUUUAUAGGUAAAAAGUUCUUAAUUUUACUUUUCUUACUUAUAUUUUUGGAAGCGAUCUGGUAUAAAAUAGAUUUUAUUUUAAAAAACCUUGAUGACUGUGUUUAACACUAACCAUUCGCUGUGUCGUUUUUGCUGUUAGUUUGCCUGUUUUAA